UUAAGCUCCAUCAGUCAAAGUCAAGGCCGACGCGAGAGACAAUAGUGUCACAGCAAGAUCGGCCUGCAGGCCCCUCUGUGGCCUCUUGGUCUCCCUCCGCUGUUCCUCCCUUGCCGCGGCCUGGAGUGCCGAGAGACGAGAGCUGCUGAAGAGGCAAAAACGAUCUGAGCUGUGCUUUGCAGUGCUGCGCUGCGUAGGGAUGAUUGUUUGGCUGUCAUGUCCGAUGCCUCCUGUAUGGUGCAUCAUGGCUGGCCACCACUCUCCCCAGCUAGUCCCAGCGCCUCCCCCAACGUCCACACGUCCACGGCUCGCCUUUUCUUGCUUGCUUGCAUCCCCCAGCUUGCGGCGGUGCGAGUACAUGGAGUACGUGCGAAUACAUGCAUGAGUUUCCUUCGACUGGCACUAAGGCAACGCGGUCCGAAGCAGCAGACGCUCUCUGGGCUCUCGUACUUGCACCCAAGCGUCCCUCCCAGUGGCGUCGAUGCCCUCACCCCGCAGGCUGGCUGGCCAUGCCGGACCAAGCAUGAGCGAGCAUGUACCGGGCCAGUACCAGCCAGGACCAAACUCGGAACGCUCAGAUGCUGGUAUCCAAGGUAUCCUACGAGUAUACGACGCCACGCCACAGCCCGCGUGCACGCUUCUUGGUGCCAGAGCCUGCAAGUCUCGACAGACCCGGUCGUCCGCUGGCUGCGCUGGAUAUACACUCACGCCCCCCCUGGCCCCCCUGGUCGCCUCCAAGUGCUUGGUCUGGUGCCUUGUAUGCAGACACCCCCCGGCCUCUCCACCCAGUACAAGUACUUACCUGAGGUAAAGUACCGUCAUCC